UUCACUCCCCCAAUCUCCAUCACUGCCGACACCCGCUGUGUUUGCUUUCGCACAAGAAACCACUAAGAGUCAAAAACUUCAGAAAAAUACACGGGCAAGAGAGAAAGAUGGGGAGACGUCCAUGUUGUGCUAAGGAAGGCCUAAACAGAGGGGCUUGGACUCCAUUGGAAGAUAAAACACUGACAGAAUAUAUCAAGUCCCACGGCGCAGGAAAAUGGGCAAGUCUUCCCAAACGAGCAGGUCUCAAACGAUGUGGGAAGAGUUGCAGACUUCGAUGGAUGAACUAUCUCAGAUCUGAUAUCAAGAGAGGAAACAUAACUGAUGAUGAAGAGGACCUCAUAAUCAGACUGCACAAACUCCUUGGAAACAGGUGGUCCUUGAUAGCUGGAAGGCUUCCUGGUCGAACUGACAAUGAGAUCAAGAACUACUGGAACACCAAAAUCGUCAAGAAAAUUCAAGGCCGUCAACACUUACCAGCCUGCUCCUCUGCCCCACUAACGAAGCCGUCAUCAAGUAGGUCCAGAUCCCCACCAUCGCUGCAAAAUUUAACAAGAACUGAUCAACCGCCAAAUUCAGAAAAGCUUGAGCUUAAAUCCUGUACUCAUGUGAUCCGCACAAAGGCGAGGAGGCUCACUAAAGUUUUCAUCGACGAAGACUUGCAAACUUCUGCAGGUACACAACAACCCGAUAUUAUUGCUCCGGAGGAAGCUCAAGCACCGCCGUCCAGCGCUGAUGCCAAAGACAACUUCAACAAAACUCCUACUGAUCAUAACAAUACCGUUGGUGCCGAGCAACCUUUAGGUGUGGUAAUGGAAUCACCUUCAACAUUUUCCGGGGAGGAAGGCUACUCUUCGGGCUUCAUGAUGGAUUUUGAAAUGGACGAUAAGUAUUUUUUUGAUUUUCUCAGCACUGAUGUUGUGCAAUUCGCACACGAAUUUUUCGAGGGAGUAGUACAGGGUACCAACAUUGAGACCAAUUAUGAGGUUGAGACCAACGAUUUUCCUCCCAACUCUUGUCCAACAGCUCUUUCACAUGAUGAUGAUGAUGAUCAUAAUCGUGCAGAUCUUGGUUCCAUUACAACUUUUCUUCAUCCUGCAUUGGCCUGGUUUCACGAAGACUAGUAAAUUAAGUAUUGCUAGAACGAUAGCGUCUCAUUGUACUAGAUAAUUAGUGUGCUUGUAUUUAUUUUCUUUUUUAAAAUAAAGGGAUAAUUUCAGAAACCUCCCUUGAGGUUUCUGACAAUUUCACUCAA